AUGGCCAAACCAUCGUCUGUGGACUCCGCAACGGAGAACCUGCGGAAGAGAAACGCUCCCAUCCGAGCAAAUACUCAAGAAGAUGCUAGAAAAGCCGUGCUUGAGUUGAACGCCCUCGAAGAAAAGGAAGCCAAAGAUGAAAAAGAUCGCAAGACCUUUGGCCGCACUCUCGAUGGGACUGUCUUCACUGUUCCACAUACCCAUGACAUGGUUUCGCAGCUCCUGUCUCCCAAAGAGCCCAAGAACUUGUCAGACAUCUGCGUGCUUCUGAUGCUGUUGCUUCACGCCCUGUUGGCAUGGUACCUACCUUCAGCCUUGAGAAAACCAGUUCUUGCUACCCUUUUCUUGUGCUGGAGAGCCGGUUACAAUAUCGGCAUUGGCUACCUCCUUCACAUGCAAUCUCAUCACAAGCUACUGGUAAGGUGGGCCCGAAAAUCGAAGCUGUUCCCGGUUGCGUCCAAUGGCGAAAACCCUCAUCCCAAACUCCGCGCGUUCAUCAAGAGAGAAUUGGAAACCAAGAUUCCCACGGAUUACGAUUUCGACACUGCUCCCCUAGAGUACAACACGUGGUUGAUCUUCCGCCGCCUCGUCGACUUGAUUCUAAUGUGCGACUUCACUACCUACAUGCUUUUCGCUGUAGCCUGCGCCCAUAUCCCUGCCGCCGAGCCGAUCCUCCUCACAACGCUUCGAUGGAUUGUAGGCAUGUCCCUGUUCCUCUUUAACAUCUGGGUGAAAUUGGACGCACAUCGUGUGGUCAAAGACUUCGCUUGGUACUGGGGUGACUUUUUCUUCCUUAUCGAUCAAGAGUUGACCUUUGACGGAGUUUUUGAGAUGGCGCCCCACCCAAUGUACAGCAUCGGUUACGCUGGCUUUUACGGAAUCUCCUUGAUGGCUGCUAGCUAUAAGGUUCUCUUUAUCUCAAUUAUUGCUCAUGCUGCUCAAUUUGCAUUCCUUAUCAUGGUUGAAAGCCCUCAUAUCGACCGCACUUACAACUCUCCGCCUCCCAGAAGAGCGAUCAAUGAGUUACCGGCAGCUGCGCAAAUGGAAAAAUCCUUGGCAGAUCACAGCUCUACGGCAGAAGUGUGGCCCAGUCCAGCGCAUGCGCAACCUUCCCAAACGCACAACCUACUGGGCAUACACAACAUCGAUCUCUAUCGAACCACAGACACUGCAGUAUUUCUUUUGCAGUUCUAUUUGUUUGCUUUGACCGUCCUCACACCCAAUACGAGAUUCUAUCAGACACUUUUCGUCACCAACGCCACCGUUUGGCGGAUUUGGUACUCCGUGGGUAUUGGCUAUUUCCUAAACAGACAAUCGUCAAAGAAGAAAUGGACCCGCCACUUUCUGAAGUACGGUGAGAGCACGGGCGAAGCUUGGAGACAAUGGAAAGGCAUCUAUCACCUCAGCAUGACUGUCUGUUAUGCGAGUUUUGCCGCAGCUGCCUGGAAGAUGUACCGUAUACCUUUGAACUGGGAUGGCGGAAUGGCACUGCCAAAACAUGUCAUCGGACUAGGACUGAUUGCUCUGCAAAUUUGGGUUUCAUUCAGUAUCUACGACCAGCUUGGAGAGUUUGGUUGGUUUUUUGGAGACUUCUUCUUCGAUCAAUCUUCUAAGUUGACGUACGGCGGCAUCUACCGCUUCCUCAAUAAUCCAGAGCGAGUCCUUGGGACGGCAGGAGUCUGGGGCAUAGCUCUGAUUACCAGCAGCAAAGCCAUGUUUUGCCUCGCCUUACUCAGCCAUACAUUGAGUUUGGCAUUUAUUCAAUUCGUGGAGAGGCCGCAUAUGCAAAAGCUGUACGGGAGGAGCCUUCGACAAGAUGCGGGCCUAGUCAGGAGUCUACGCAGAUCACUUCCCCCACCUUUGCGACAAUGGCAAGACGGAAUGGACAAAAUGCUGGGCGACGCCUUUGAUGUCCUGGAAGAAUUCUUUGACGCGGCAAAACCUAAACUUGCGGCAGGCGUGACCAGCAUUGUUGAGGAUACCAAAAGCCUCUUGCCGAAGAACCCACAUCGUUUGACCAUGACACGGUUGGAGCCGGAGCUUGCUGGGCUGGAUCCGAAAGACUACAAACUGGAGAUCGACGGAACGCCGGCAUCCUCUCUCGUCUACUCUCAACGCUCGAGCGAUAGAGAGUCCGAACAAGCCAGGCUUCCGGCAGAACGCACAAACGAUUUCAAAGCCCUCCUUUUCGAAUAUGGUGCGCCCAUCAAAGUCAGAUGGACCGCACCGCUCAAUCAUGGGAAGAAGGACUGGGUCGGUCUGUACAUGGUGUCAGAUAACAACUCGCGCGAAGUUACAAGACUGUCCUCGUCCGGAAGAUGGAUCGCCACGAACCGUGACGAGUACGAACUCCUAAAUUCCGAGGUUGGUAUCAUAUCUAGCGACAUGAGGAGCACCACCACUACUGAAACGGGUGAUUUCAAGGAAUGCUUCACUGGGGAAAUGGUCUUCUCUGGCGACAAAUUAUGGUGGACUCAGGGCGUUUUUGAAUUCCGAUACCAUCACAACGGCAAGCACAACGUCAUGGCUAUCUCUCUCCCUUUCGAAGUGCGUAUCCCACGCUUCAGCGACGAUGAUCUGGAGUCCUUCGACGCCACCAUCUCUCUGUCGACACCCAUGUCUCUUCAGAAUGAUGCAAUGAUUCGCCAUACGAUUGAAAGUGCCCUCUUGCCGAUCGUGCAGAACUGCUUUGACCGCGACCCUGAGAUCGCGCCACGUACAGCCCAAGAACCGUUUGGAAGCCUCGUCGAUCGUGAUGGAAAAUAUGCCAAGCGCGUGGUUUAUGUUAUUCAUCAGAUGUUCGGGAUUGAAUUUGCGGCAGAGGUCGUCAAAGCGGACGGGAAAAUCGAGAAUCUGGCAUGGCGGAUCUGGGAGGCGAAGAAAGUAUUGGCACCUUUUACCAUGUCGAGGUCGAAAGGGCCCGGUACGCCGGUUGAGGCUGAGGUUGAGGAUUGUAAGAACUUUUGA